AGCAAAAAAAAAAAAAAAAAAAAAAAAACCUCGAAAAAACAAAAGUAUUCCAUUUCUUAAUAAACUCUCUCUCAAUCUUUGAAGUCUCUACUCUGGUCUCUCUUUUCUCUCUCUCUCUCUCUGUGUCCAGUGUAGAGGCUUCACUAAAGUCCACGCGCAAUGUCCAGCGCUGGAGGUGACGCGCCGCCUCCUCCGGCAGCGAACGGCGGUGAAUUCCUACUCUCCCUCCUCCAAAAGCAGCACCACCACAUCACCCAACAACAACAGCAACCCCAAGCUCCGCCACAGCAGCAGCAAAGGUCUCUGACCGUUGAUCCGGCCGUGGCAGCGGUGGGUCCCACCCUCCCUUUGGUGCCACCAUCAUGGCCGUCGAAUUCCAACGGUCCCGAUCUUCCGUAUCCUCUUCCACCACCUUGGCCCCACUCUUUCUCUCCUCCUCCUCCCCAACCUUUCCUCUCGAACUUCCCAGGGUUCGCACAAAACCCUUUCCCUCCUCCUCGAAAUCAGUUUCCCGGAAACCACAAUCUCUUCGGCGACGAUUCCAGAAGAUUAGGAAUCGAGAAUUUCAUUCUCCACCAGCACCAGCAACAGCAACAGCAACAGCAACAGCAAAAACAGAAUCAGCAAGAACCCAAGCUCAAGUUUGGUACUUUGCCCAGCGAUAUUCUAAGCCCUGAGGGUUUAUUAUUAUCUGGGAAUUCUCAGAAUUCUUUCCAUAAUUCAAAGCUCACUGCUUUCAACGACCGGGAACCGGGUUUGGGGACCAGGACCUAUAAUGGGUUGGAAAGGAAUUGGCAAUUCGAGCCCCAGGUGAAUUCCAAUCCAAAUUCGAGUUCUUUUCGGCUUGGGAAUCAUGAUGCUCGAGGGGGUGAGUUGGGAAAGCAGUUCCAGAGUGGGAACUAUAGGUCUACGCCUCCACCGGGGUUUCCAAGCAAUCCGAGGGGAAAAGGGAAUUGGGAUUCAGGGAAUAGGAUGAGAGGGGUAGAGUUAGAGCACAAUGUGGGUAAGGAAAGGGCUAAUCACAGUGAUAUGAGUAGUAGUGAUCUUUCUUUAGAAGCUAAUAAUGAGAGAAUAAGGACAUUGUCAUUUGAAGAAUUGGGGAUCAGUAGACAGCUUGAUCACCCGGGGCCGCCAACGGGGAGCAAGCUUCAUUCUGUAUCUGUUUCGGAUGUUGAAGAGUCCAUGUCCAAUUUGCAUAGUGAGAUUGGUGAAUUUAGGGAGGGCAAUAGUUAUCGGGGUCGAAAUAAGUUGAAGGAGGAGGGAAGUCAUGAAGUUGACGAUUUUGGCGAAAAGCUUGUGGAUUCUUUGUUGCUUGAGGAUGAAUCUGAUGACAAGAAUGAAUCAACCCCACUUCGCAGUUCUCGUGAGAAGGAUGUCAGGUCAGAUAGCAGAGGUCAACGGCUACUUAGCCAAAGGAUGAGAAUAUUAAAAAGACAGAUGCUAUGUCGUAAUGACAUAGACAGAUUAAAUGCUCCUUUUCUUGCAAUUUAUGACUCACUAAUACCUGCAGAGGAAGAGAAGGCGAAGCAGAAGCAAUUGUUAACGUUAUUGGAGAAAUUAGUUUGCAAAGAAUGGCCUAAAGCUCGCCUCUAUCUUUAUGGAUCGUGUGCAAACUCAUUUGGAGUUUCUAAAAGUGAUAUUGAUGUGUGUCUUGCAAUUGAGGAUGCAGAUAUUAACAAGUCCGAGAUCUUAUUAAGGUUGGCAGAUAUUUUGCAGUCAGAUAAUCUCCAGAAUGUGCAGGCACUGACCCGUGCUAGGGUCCCCAUAGUAAAGCUUAUGGAUCCAGUGACUGGAAUUUCCUGUGACAUAUGCAUUAACAACAUUUUGGCCGUCAUAAAUACUAAACUUCUUCGAGAUUACGCUCAAAUAGAUGUGAGAUUACGGCAGUUGGCUUUUAUUGUGAAACAUUGGGCAAAGUCAAGGGGAGUCAAUGAAACAUACCAAGGAACCCUAUCUAGCUAUGCGUAUGUCGUAAUGUGCAUUCAUUUCUUACAACAGCGCAGGCCUGCUAUCCUUCCCUGCUUACAGGAAAUGGAGACUACAUACUCUGCAAUCGUAGAUGAUAUUGAAUGUGCUUUCUUUGAUCAAGUUGAAGUACUACGCAAUUUUGGAUCUUGUAACAAGGAAACUAUUUCUCAGCUGGUGUGGGCGUUUUUUAAUUAUUGGGCGUAUCGUCAUGAUUAUGCAAAUUCUGUCAUAUCUGUUCGUACAGGAAGCAUACUCAGCAAGCACGCAAAAGACUGGACAAGGAGGAUUGGGAACGAUCGUCAUUUGAUAUGCAUAGAGGAUCCCUUUCAGACAUCUCACGACCUGGGUCGAGUGGUGGAUAAGCACAGCAUAAAAGUUCUGAGAGAGGAGUUUGAACGUGCUGCCUACAUUAUGCAGUAUGAUCCAAAUCCGUGUGUGAAGCUCUUUGAACCCUAUGUUUCAAGUUGAUUUGUCUUGUUUGAUCAUAAUUUAGAUGUAAUUAUGGUAAAAUAAACAGUGUAAAGUCCCUAUCUUUUUCCUUAUCUUUCUCAUUUUAGUCCCUGCGUUAUUUUCUUAGAAUGUAUUUAGUCUGUCAGGCUUUUAUUUAAAUGUAAAGAACUUUCUGUCAAUAGACCUCUGGUCUUUGCUCUUCCUUUUCAAGAUCAGAGGUCAUUGAGUGAACCCACUGUAACUUCAUUACCCUUUUGGGGCUGAGUUGCAACGUGCAUGUGGUGUGUGGAGUUUUGAAGAAAGUGGAUGGGAUUGUUGAUUUCAAAAA